GGAACCCCCAUCCGCAGAUCCCAUAUGGCCUCGGAACCCCGGCGCUCCUGUCCUCGGGAUUCCCGCGGCCCCCGGGCCCUCGCCGGCCCCGACCCCGCCCCCGGGCAGUGCGUCCAGGCUCGUGCCGUGCAGCGCCCCCUCCGCGCCGGCCUCUGCGGCUGCGCGCUAGCGGGGCUGAGGCCGAGGGGAGGGGGUCGCGCCGGGGGCCGGCGGAGCUCCUGUGGCGGCAGCGGUGUUAGCGGGAGACGGAGCGAGCCCAGCGGCCGCGGGCAGACCCGAAGGGAACGGAGGAAGCGGUCAUGUCUCGCUACACGAGGCCCCCCAACACCUCCCUGUUCAUCAGGAACGUCGCGGACGCCACCAGGCCUGAGGACUUGCGCCGUGAGUUUGGUCGAUAUGGCCCUAUAGUAGACGUUUACAUUCCACUUGACUUCUACACGCGCCGCCCAAGAGGAUUUGCUUAUGUUCAAUUUGAAGAUGUUCGAGAUGCUGAAGAUGCUCUUUAUAACCUCAAUAGAAAGUGGGUAUGUGGCCGUCAAAUUGAAAUACAGUUUGCACAAGGUGAUCGCAAAACACCAGGCCAAAUGAAAUCAAAAGAACGUCAUCCUUGUUCUCCAAGUGAUCACAGGAGAUCAAGAAGCCCCAGCCAAAGAAGAACUCGAAGUAGAAGUUCUUCAUGGGGAAGAAAUAGGAGGCGGUCAGACAGCCUUAAAGAGUCUCGACACAGGCGAUUUUCGUAUAGCCAGUCUAAAUCUCGUUCCAAAUCAUUACCAAGGCGGUCUACCUCAGCAAGGCAGUCAAGAACUCCAAGAAGGAAUUUUGGCUCUAGAGGACGGUCAAGGUCCAAGUCCUUACAAAAAAGGUCCAAGUCAAUAGGAAAAUCACAGUCAAGUUCACCUCAAAAGCAGACUAGCUCAGGAACAAAAUCAAGAUCACAUGGAAGACAUUCUGACUCAAUAGCAAGAUCCCCAUGUAAAUCUCCCAAAGGGUAUACCAAUUCCGAAACUAAAGUACAAACAGCAAAGCAUUCUCAUUUUCGGUCACAUUCCAGAUCUCGAAGUUAUCGUCAUAAAAACAGUUGGUGAACAGCAACAGAAAGAGCACUACAUAGUCUUUAAUAUAAGUUAUUAAACCUCUCAUUAUGUUAAAUAAAAAUUCCUUAAGGUGUACAGAAAAUGCGAGUUGAUAUUAGUUACUUUGGGCAUAUGGAAGAAAUAAAAUCUCUCUAGCUUUGUAUUAAUAAAAAUUUGGUCUCCAUUUAAAGGGCCCACACCACAAAUUAUGAAUUGUCUAAUGUCACCAUUUUAUGGACCAUUUUUUAUUUAUGUUGUGGCAGAAGAGUACUUUUCAAGGGAAAUGAGUAAAUGGGAACUAAUUUUUUUAAUUCUACUUGGAUAGUAUUAGUACUAUUAAUAAUACCUUUUACACAAAUAUUUUUGACUUUAAAGCACUUUCCUGUAAAAAGUAACUAUGACUGUAUAAUUGCAUAGAGCAGACUUAAACCGUGUGACACCUAUGUGUCUUUUGGGUCUUCUGUUUAAACUUGGACCAAUUCCUGGUGGAUAUUAGUUCAUAUUACAAAAUUCUGAUGUUCCAGAAAGUAGAAUUUAUAUAGAGAUCAAACAUUCAAAUGAUACAUUCUCUCCUAAGCCCAAAGGUUAAUAUUUUUAUUGGGUAGAACAGUAUAGGUAAGGUGUCAUGAAAUUUCAUCCUAUACCAUGUCCACAUUAGUAAUGUCAAAACAUUUGUGAAUUACUGGAUUUUGAAUGGUUUGAGACUAAUGCUUUAAAAAUUAGGAUGAGCAACACUCACAAUCCAAAAAUAUUCAUAUUAAGCCUUACACAUUUGAAGAGUGGUACAUUUUAUAUAAAAUCAUAUUUGAUACCAUUAUUUCCACAUAUCUACUUUUCAUCUGCUGCUUAAUUUUUUCUUUUUAGAGUUCUAGCUCAGCUUUAUACAGUAUAAGUCUUAUUAUUUUUGAAAGAGUGUUUAGUACCUUGUAUUAAGAAACUUGGCCAAGCAUGGUGGCUCACACCUGUAAUCCCAGCACUUUGGGAGGCCGAUGUGGGCGGAUUGCCUGAGUCCAGGAGUUUGAGACCAGCCUGGGCAACAUGGUGAAACCUUGACUCUAAGAUUUAAAAAAAAGAAAAAGAAACUCAAGACUACAUCUUCAAAAAACAACUUUGCAGUAUUUGAAUUUUACAUUAUACUGCCCUUCAUUUCUGACAGCCAAAUAACUUUGUUGAUACUGAUUGCUUUUGUAGUUGUUAUAACUAAUAAUUUCUUUGAAAAUGUGUUUGUAGUUUAUGUUUUUCAAAGGGUUUUGGUCGUAUUUGUGAUAGAAUGGUUUUGCAUAUGAUUAUUAUAGGGGAUAUAUUUAUAGAGCUCUACUUGUAUACUUUGUGACUUAUAUUAUGAAAACUUAAAAGUUCUCAACCCAUACAGUUAGUAUUUGUAUCCAGAGUGUUAAAGAAAAAAAAUCUGUCUUAUAUUUUUAGUAUAUAGGAGCCAGUGUUGCUUCUAUUUGUUUUGAAUACAAAUUCCAUUUUUCUUUGCAUAUUAGAUCCUACGUGUAA